CGAUCGCAUCCUGUUCCGCGGACCCGCUUCCAGGCGCUGGAGGAUAUAGAGGCGGCCGCUGCUGGUGGUGGAGGCGGGCGUCGUGCGAGUUCGAUUUCUCCGCAGCGCCUCCUUCCUUGAUCGAGGAGAACCCUCUCGUCUUGGAUAAAAUUUAUUUAGAGUUUUUCAGCUUUGAAGAGGAUGGGGCUUACGUUUACGAAGCUGUUUAGCCGACUCUUUGCGAAGAAAGAGAUGAGGAUCUUGAUGGUCGGGCUUGACGCGGCCGGUAAAACUACGAUCUUGUACAAGCUCAAGCUCGGAGAGAUCGUUACCACCAUCCCCACUAUCGGGUUCAAUGUGGAGACGGUAGAGUAUAAGAACAUUAGUUUCACAGUCUGGGAUGUUGGUGGCCAAGACAAGAUCAGACCUUUGUGGAGGCACUACUUCCAGAACACUCAAGGCCUUAUUUUUGUUGUUGACAGCAAUGACAGAGAUCGUAUAGCAGAGGCAAGGGAUGAACUUCAUAGGAUGCUUAAUGAGGAUGAAUUACGUGAUGCUGUGUUGCUCGUAUUUGCAAAUAAGCAAGACCUUCCAAAUGCAAUGAAUGCAGCUGAAAUUACUGAUAAACUUGGAUUACAUUCACUGCGGCAGCGACACUGGUAUAUACAGAGUGCAUGUGCUACAUCUGGUGAAGGCUUGUAUGAAGGGCUGGAUUGGCUCUCUAACAAUAUCGUUAACAAGGCUUGAAGCAGCAUGGAGCUAGUAAGCUUAAAUCUAUGAUCAGUAAAACAUAUAUGUUAGCAACAGUGUGUCGCUUUUGCUAGAUGCUUAUCUGCAUGAGUCAAAGUGCUACUACACAUGGAUCAGUUACCUUGCUAUUCUACCUCUAACGUUUCUAUAAUAUAUAUAUAUAUACAUUUUAUUAGAUAUUCUGUGUGAUGGCCUGCAAAAUGUCGUGUAAUAUUAUUGCGCAUAAUAGUUUUUCAAAAGUUCUAAUUUGUGAGUUAA